UGGCGCUGUCGUCUUCGUCUUCUUCCUCUCCUCUUCUCUCUCUCACUUCCUCUCAUUUGUAUCUUCUUUAUUAUUAGUGGAGAACUCGCUGGAAGUAAGAAUAUCGAUUCCUCGAUGGAGGGUGGUUGGUUUCAGGAGAUAUGGGUGAUGGAGAUGAUCACAGUAAAGAGCUAAGACGUUCUUGUCCGAGUAGAAGUGAAAAUGCAGAAACGAGGAUGAAGUAUGGUUCGGUGGAUGCUUUAUCAGAGUUAGUAUGGUCUCCUCGCAACGGUCUUAGCCUAAGAUGUGCUGAUUUCAGUUUCACAGGAAAAGGGAAACUACUCUCUCCUCGUUUCUUUGAUGAUAGCCACAUGGAGUCUCAUUCCAAAAGCAUAAGUAUGGAAGAAAAAGAAGCCAGUUUCCGUGUAGAUAGAACUGAUGAUGAAGUGAAUCAAGCGUGUAGCGGGGUGAACAGACCAAUUUCAGGGGUUGGUGGUUCUGUUGAGGAUAUGAAACCUGAAAUAAAAGAGAUGGAUGAGGAUAAGGUUGAAACAAAUGAUGAUUCUGUAGAAGCAGAGAAGAGAGUAGGAAGUUCCAAUAGAUCUUCAGGUGAAAAUGAUAGUCCAAGAGGAGAAACCGAAGCUUUAAUGGCAAGUGAACAGUUGAGAUUGGAAAGAGCUGGAUCUCAAGAGGAACCAACUAACAUUGGGGAUAAGACAGCUCUUGAUGCUGAACGUGUAGAAGCAACGGAUGAGAACGACCUCUCAAGUCCUACUAGUAAGGCUUUGGUGGUGUGUGAGAGCAAAGGGGAAUGCUUACCGCAGGAUGAGACAGAUGCUGAAAAGGCCGGACCCAGUGGGCAUCUUACCAAAGCAAAAGGGAAAGAAAAAGCUUUAUCUGAUGGAAACUUUGAUGAUGAUGAGAGUUUUGGGAGUGUAGAAAGUUGCAACAGUGCUGGUUUGCUUACAAGGGGAAAGAAAAGACCAGGAUUUGAGCAGCAGCUGAUUCUUGGAAGCAAAAGGCUCAAAACGCUAAGCCAAGAAUGUUUGGAAUCAACUUCUAAGCUCAAGCAAGAUAGUUCAUUUGUGAAUUGGAUAUCAAACAUGACUAAAGGAAUCUGGAAAGGUAAUGAAGAAGACAAAUCUCCUUUUGUAGCUCUUACCACCGCAUCAGAUGCUAAAGGUCAAGUCAAUGCCAUCGUUGAUCUACCAGAAAUGAGCCGAUGCAGAAACACUGGGUUCCAGUCUUUUUUCCAGUCUAUAUAUUGUCAGAAGAAAAGUGAUCAAGACGCUGUAAAGAUGGAUUCCUCUAAUGAUGCUAAUAUAGCUUCUUUGCAGGAACUUCCUGAACAUUGUCUUAAUACUAAAGGAGAUCAUUUGUCUUCAUCUGGCAAUAAGGUUGCUCCAGUGGCUGAACCCAGCAUUGGAUUUAACCAGACAAAUGAAACAUUCUGUUCAGAGAAGAAAUACGAGGAAGAGCAAAAGGCCUGUUGUGAAGCUGAUGAAAAGGUUGUUCAAUGUUUAACCAACAAGAACUCUGCUCUUGAAAGUUUGUGGAUAAGCCGGUUUUCUUCUAAAAGUUCUUUCCCUCAGAAAAAAGAUUUUCAUGAGAGAAUCACUAAGGAAGUGGCUAAAGAGGCUAAUGAUCCACCGCAGAACAACGCUAUUCUUCCCAUAGUAUCUUCACUGAGAAUAGAGUCUUCAGAAGCAAUGGCUUCUUUGUUUGCAAGAAGAUUAGAAGCAAUGAAACACAUGCUGCCCACAUGUUCUUUAGGUGAUAACACAGAGGAGGGACAGAGGAACCUAAUCUGUUUCUACUGUGGUAAAAAGAGUCAUCGCUUACAGGAUUGUUUGGAAGUAACUGACACUGAGCUCAGAGAUCUAGUCCAGAACAUAAAUGCUCGGAAUGGAAGAAAAGAAGGGUCAAGUCUAUGCAUUAGAUGUUUUCAGCUAAGUCACUGGGCUGCAACAUGCCCAAAUGCUCCACCCUACAGUUCAGGAGCUGAAGGUAGAGCCAUAGCUUCUACCUCUGGCACUAAACUACCCUUCAGGGGUUUCACAGACGUACCAAAGACGGUCUUUGAAGCUGUUCAAGUGCUUCGGUUGACUCGCACAGACGUUCUCAAAUGGAUUAACAGCAAGAAGUCUGUAUCGGGUCUUGAAGGGUUCUUCUUGCGGUUAAGGCUGGGGAAAUGGGCAGAAGGGCUAGGAGGAACCGGGUAUCACGUAGCCCGCAUUGAAGGUGCCCCAGAGGGACAAAGCUCAAAGAAACAUCCACUGAACAGCUCUGUUUCGGUUAAGGUUGGAGGGAUCACUUGCUUUGUUGAGUCUCAGUUUAUCUCAAACCACGACUUUCUUGAGGAGGAGUUGCUAGCAUGGUGGCGAAGCGCUGGAAAAAGUGCCGGAAGAAGCGGAGGUGAAGGUAUCCCGUCGGCAGAGGAACUUAGUCGGAAAAUUCAGCAGAGAAAGAUGUUAGGCUUUUAGAAUAUUCGUUAAACAGAUAAUACUUGUUUGAGAGAAAUUUGGGUAUUUAUGUAAUCAAAUAGGUUUUACAUCGAUACAUGUACAUGUAUUUAUUUAUUUUUGGUAAACAUGUUAAGUAUAGAUUUUGAU